CUACCCGCUGCAGAUCAUUAAUUGAGUGGUGGUACAACUACUAUGUACGCCAGAAACGCUUCUUCUCGCGUGCAUUAUAUUUGUAACGAAGAGUAGCAUACUAAAGGAUUUGCCUAUUCCAGCGAUUUGAGUAUCUACCAUUUAAUCUAUGGGAGGAUUAAGAACUUUGGAGUUUGGCUUACUAAUCAUUGUCCAGAUCUUCUUCGUUGGAUAUUGUGAAGAGGGAGGACCAUGUCAACCUGGACUAAGUUCAGAACUUUUCAUGUUCAAACUAAACCGGAAUCACGGUCACAUGAACAAGAUACUUGGGAAAGUGAUUUUUUCUGACUGCAAUGGCCACAAGAGAUCCCGCAUUAAGGUAGAUGACACCCACUUUAAUGUGGACCGAGAUGGAACUCUCAAGCUGAUGAAAGCUGUGCUGUCACCCGAGCGGCAGGAUAAGUUCUUAAUUCAUGCCUUUGACUCCACUGGUAAAGAAUUCACAGCCUGGGUCAAGGUGAAAUAUGAACCCACAAGCCACCAGUUCUUCGGCCAUCAUCAUCAUCCCAAUUACCGUCAUUCCCAUGUCAUCGAGGGUGUCCUUCCUAAAGAGGUCUCCUCUCCAGCUGUUCAAGUAGUAUUUCCACAGUCUUCAGAAGGGCUGCGGAGAAGAAAGAGGGACUGGGUCAUUCCCCCCAUUAACUUUCCUGAGAACGACCGCGGCCCCUUCCCCAAAGAGAUGGUGCAGAUCCGAUCCAAUAAGGACAAGACGGUGAGAAUGGAAUAUAAAAUCGCUGGUCCUGGAGCUGAUGAGGCUCCGAAUGGGCUCUUCACCAUUGACAGAACCUCCGGUUGGCUGUACGUGACCCAGCCAUUGGACAGAGAGAAACGAGAUCAAUAUACUCUCUUGGCACACGCUGUGGCAGUCGGGCAGGGUAUAACUGAGGUUCCCAUGGAAAUUAUUAUAAAAGUAAUCGAUCAGAACGACAAUAAGCCUGAGUUUACCAAGGACACCUUUGUGGGCAGUGUUGCUGAAGCAUCAGCUCUAGGGCUUGAAUUUAUGACAGUUACAGCAAAUGAUGCAGAUGAAUCUGGGUCACUCAAUGCUGAUAUCAAGUACCAAAUCCUGAGCCAGGACCCGGAGCUUCCGAAUGCAAACAUGUUUUCUAUCAACCCUGUGAGUGGAGGGAUUAGACUGAGCUCCCCUGGACUUGACAGAGAGAAAUAUCAGAAAUAUACAUUGGUCAUUGAAGCUGCUGACAUGGCUGGGGAAGGUCUCUCAAAUACCUGCAAAGCAGUCAUCGCCAUAACAGACAGCAAUGACAAUGCUCCUCAGUUUGGCAGUACAUUGUACACAGCCUCUGUCCCUGAAAAUAAAAUGGGUUUUGUAGUGGUAACAAUGCCAGUGACUGAUGCAGAUGAGCCUCACACGCCUGCAUGGUCAACCAAAUACAAAAUUAUUCAAGGCAACAGUGGUGGGCUUUUUAAUGUCACUACCGGGCCAAACCAGCAGGAGGGAAUCAUUACUACACUGAAGGGCCUUGAUUUUGAGAACAGUAUGAAGUACACCUUGCUGGUCACCGUGGAGAACGAUGUCAAAUUUGCCACUCGUUUGUUGACCUCCACCGCAACAGUCAUUGUAAAUGUGGAGGAUGAGAAUGAGGCCCCCAUCUUCAUGCCAAAAGAGAAAUUGAUCGUCAGGCCAGAGGACAUGGCAGUUGGCAGUGACCUGGUUCGAUAUGUGGCGACUGAUCCAGAUACUGCAAGGAAACAGAAUGUGGGGUAUAAAAUUGGCUCUGAUGGAGAUGGUUGGCUUAAUGUUGAUGAGAAGACGGGACAAAUCACUGUCAAGAGUCCCAUGGACAGAGAAUCUCCCAAUGUGACAGCUGGAAAAUAUGAAGCCCUCAUCUAUGCCAUUGAUGAUGAUGAUGUUCCUGCUACUGGCACUGGGACCCUGCUGAUUGAGCUACAAGAUGUAAAUGACAAUGCUCCCACUAUUGAUCAAGGAAAAAUAAGUGUUUGCAACCAAGAUUCUCAACCAGUUCUGCUGUCCCUCACUGACAAAGAUGGGCCUGGUUUCACGUCCCCGUUUAGAGUAGAGCUUCUGGGAACAUCCAGGAAAAACUGGACAGCUAAAAUGAAUGAUACAAAAACUGGAAUUUUUCUGACACUGAAGACCAAUUUGGAAGCAGGUCUCUACAGUGUUAUACUCAAGGCCUUUGACAGUCAUGGGCUUUACCAGGAGAAUACGGUUAACGCCACCGUCUGUAACUGCAAAGGAGCCGACGUCAACUGUAGUCUCAAAAUCGCGGGGUUUGGGAUGCCGGUUAUCUUUGGAAUUUUAGGAGCCAUCCUGUUCCUACUUUUGCUGCUGCUGCUGCUGCUUCUCUUCCUGAGAAUGAAGAGCAGGAGCCGGAAGGAGGACCCUCUGCUCCAGGAGGACGACGUUCGGGACAACAUCUACUGCUAUGAUGAGGAAGGUGGAGGAGAGGAAGAUCAGGAUUACGACAUGAGCCAGCUGCACCAGGGCAUGGACCGCCUGAAGCCUGAGAUUUUCCGUAACGACGUGGCUCCAACAUAUUUUAUUGCGCCACAGUACAGGGCCCGACCAGCCAACCCAGAUGAAAUUGGUAACUUCAUUGAGGACAACCUGAUGGCAGCAGACAGUGACCCCACUGCACCCCCUUAUGACUCCCUGCUGGUGUUUGAUUAUGAAGGAGGAGGCUCUGAUGCUAGCUCCCUGAGCUCCCUUAACUCCUCCAGCUCAGGGGGUGACCAGGACUAUGACUAUCUCAGCGAAUGGGGGCCACGCUUCAAGAAACUGGCUGACAUGUACGGAGCAGACUGAAAGCAUUGUCAUCAACAUGGCUCAUCACCAAAUGUACCCUCUGCUCUUGGUCUUUAUAUCCACUUAGCGCCACCUGGGUCUUUCUUUGGGGAGGGAGGGUGGGUUUUUGCAGAACAUUGUCACACUGCGGUAUGGUUUGGGUGUAUAGGGCCAUUUUGGGAUUCUGUUCAGAGCUCGGUCUUCAGACGUGGAGGAGGGGAAAGUUUACAUUUUGAACUCUGUUGAUCAUUGAGAGGAAUGUGAAGCACUGCACACUUGUUUCUGAACUUCUUUUUUUACUUCCAUUUUUUUACAAUUUGUACUCGUCUCAAAUGGUGACACUUGUAAAUAUGAUUUUGAAUUGAAGUCACUUGCUAAAAUAUUCUCAGGAUUUUUGUUUACUGAGAUGGAAACUGAUGUUUGAUAUCAUUAAAUGCAAGGAGAUUUGUUUUACAUUUUUAAAAUAAGAAAGUUGGCAUGUUCCUGGUCGUUCAGCUUCAGAAUUAUUCCACAAAUGCACUUUCAAGGAGAAAGCAUUUACCAAAGGGUUUUUUUUUUUUUUUUUUUUGCUGAUGCUGAAUUGUAUAAAAGUAUUGUAACCCAAAUGCUAUUUGUACAAAGGUUUGAUGGAAAUCCGCAUUAUUAAAACUAAACAUGGCACAUGCCUCCA